UCCUCUUUCCUGCGUUCUCCCUGCUUGUAGAAACGCUGCAGCCUGCCGGCGUGUGUCUGAGUUCGUCUCUUCUCUCGCACAGAGCCGCUCGAGACGCCGGGCUGAGCAAGGAGGAGGCAGUCCGCUCUGCUCGCAGCCUCGGACGAUCCCCCUUUAACCGCCCUGUCAGCGUGGAGAGAGCGCGAGCGAGAGAGAGAGAGAGAGAGAGAGAGCGCGAGCGAGAGAAAGAGAGAGAGAGAGAGAGAGAGAGAGAGAGAGAGGGGCAGCGACGGAGAAAGCGCACGAGAGAGAGAGAGCAACUGUGUGUGUGACAGACGGAACCAGAACAAGGCAGGCUGCUCAGAGGAGUGAGAGAACCACGGGGAAAAUACAAGGAACACGUUUUACACGCGCACAAACAAGAAGGAUCGCGGUCUCUUUCUUUGCUGCACACUUGGGACGCGGUAACUGCUAUUUUUUCCCGCUUCUCCCACCUUCCAGCUGGAGCCCCGUGGAUUGACUAACCGACCGGUGGAUAUUUCCAAUGCACAUGUCCGCCGCUCCAUCUAUUAACUAGGAGCCUUCCCUCGUCUGCGGCGUCUCCGCUCCUGCUGCUGCGCGGCUGCGGACCGAGGUCGCGCUCCGCGUCCGCGCUCCGAUCUCCGCCCCGCGUGCGCCCCCAAAAAAGUGCGCGUGCGAGGAAUAUCUGCCCCCUCCGUCAGACAGGACAGUGCGCAGCCACCGUCGGGUCACACUCCGGAGAAGAGGGAGCGCGCGCGUGUGUGUGUGUGUGUGUGUGUGUGUGUGAGAGAGAGAGAGAGAGAGAGGGAAGGAGCGCGCGAGGGAGCGAGCGAGAGAGAGAGAGUCACAUUCACAGCGCGAGAGGCGCAGAUUAAAGCCCCGGCAAGACUGGAGUGAAACAGCUAAAACAGAGAAGUGAACCGCUGCGUCCUCUCCCAUUUUCCUCGCCAUCCUCUUCUCCUCCUCCUCUUCCUCUCCCAUUUUUCCAACCUUCACCGGACUGCCACCGCUCCCGCCACCUGCGCCUCGCGCCGUCUCCCCGGGCUUCCUCCUCUACCUCAGCCCUCGUCGAGCUCUCGGCUCCAGCGCCUCGUGGAUAAAUAUUCCCAUUGAUCCGGCGGCGAGAGACCGAGCGAGCGAGCGAGCGAGCGCGUGCCCCGGUAGCGUCACAGGCGAAGCCGUCACCCAGCCACUGUCCGGCACGCGGAGCCUGCCUUCCCCCCGGAGGACCGGAAUCGCACCGUCAACCCCGCCGCUAGCUACUUGGCAGCUCCCGCCCCCGUGUCACCAUUCCCUGCCUCAGUGCUAAGGAUUCCAGCUACAUGGGCAAGCGAUUGGAGCAGCAGCCAAUGUACCCUCAGUACACCUACUACUACCCCCACUAUCUCCAGACCAAGCCCUAUGCUCCACCCCCCCAUCCCAUGGCUCCUCCCAGCCCGAGCACCAACAGCUGCAGCCAGGGAGGGGCGGAGCAGCUGAGUAAGACCAACCUGUACAUCCGAGGCCUGCCACCUGGGACCACCGACCAGGACCUCAUCAAACUCUGCCAACCGUAUGGGAAAAUAGUGUCAACCAAGGCCAUUCUGGACAAGAACACCAACCAGUGCAAAGGCUACGGCUUUGUGGAUUUUGACAGCCCAGCUGCAGCACAGAAGGCCGUGUCAUCUCUCAAAGCCACUGGGGUGCAGGCCCAAAUGGCCAAGCAACAAGAGCAAGACCCGACCAACCUGUACAUCUCCAACCUGCCGGUGUCCAUGGACGAGCAGGAGCUGGAGAACAUGCUGAAGCCCCUGGGCCACGUCAUCUCCACCAGGAUACUGCGGGACGCCAACGGGGUCAGCAGAGGCGUGGGCUUCGCCAGGAUGGAGUCCACGGAGAAGUGCGAGGUGGUCAUACAGCAUUUCAAUGGAAAGUACCUGAAAACCCCGCAGGGCAUUCCAGCUCCCACGGAGCCUUUGCUGUGCAAAUUCGCCGACGGGGGACAGAAGAAGCGCCAGAGCCAGAGCAAGUACCCGCAGAACGGGAGGCCGUGGCACAGAGAGAGCGAGACUGGCAUGGCGUUAACAUACGAUCCCGCUGCAAUGCAGAACGGGUUCUACUCCUCGCCUUACAGCAUCGCCAACAACCGCUUGAUCGCACAGACCUCCAUCACGCCCUUCAUCGCUGCUUCCCCCGUUUCCACAUAUCAGGUCCAGAGUACGUCAUGGAUGCCUCAUCAACAAUAUGUUAUGCAACCUACAGGUGCAGUGAUCACGCCAGCCAUGGACCACACUAUGUCCAUGCAGCCUGCCAGCAUGAUGGGCCCUCUCACCCAGCAGAUGAACCAUCUGUCCCUGGGCACUACAGGAAGUUACAUGACUGCUGCAGCUGCGGCAGCACCUAUGCAAGGGACCUACAUUCCCCAGUACACUCCUGUGCCUCCAACAGCCGUCCCUGUGGAAGGUGUGGUGACGGACGCCUCCCCCCAGACAGUGGCUCCCUCAUCACAGGACGUGACUGGGCAGCAGCAACAGAUCCAGGUGGACGGUUCCGCUGAUCAUGUGUCUGCUUACUCAUACCAGUCCAAAUAGCAAUGGCCUGAGCGAAUGUUCCUGUGACAGCGUUGCCUUGAGACAGAAGGUGGCUGCACUGUGAAUGUGAGGAAAACAGAAAAGAAAGAGAUUGCUUCCAGAUUGCCCAGGCACCAAAAAAGAGACACUUUUUUCAUUUCCUACCUGGCCUACGAGAAAAAAAAAAAAAACACACAAGACGGCGAAGGGUGCGGCGGAGGAAGGGGAUGGGGAAAUUGCUGGGCACAGUGCAAAGAAGUGAAAUAGUUUAGUCUGGGAACCUGCCUGAAGGGCUGGGCCGAAGCUUGAAAAGUUUCUCAAAGAAAAUUCUCAACCACUUAAAAAAAACUGCAAAAAAAAAAGGUUGAAUGUGCAGGUAGGUGAUGAAGUUUAUUUUGUAAUUAGAAAACGGGGAGUCAAGUUUGAGAUACACACAGAGAUUGUCUUCCUCAGAUAUUAAGCUACAAUUUCUUUUAACUCUUUUUAUGUUCUAGUGUUAAUUUUAGUUUUCUAGAUAUAUUCAAAAACAAUGUUUUCUGUUUCUUUCUUGAAUCUUCAUGGCCUUAAUUUGGAGGGCGCUGGAAACUUUUUACAGAGGUGAAAAUCUGUCGUCAGAAAAAAAAAUACAGGAAGCAGAGUCAGUCUCUUGGACCAUGUGACGGGUACAAGACACUGGAGGAGAAGGAAAAGAAUCUAUCACAUAAGCUGUACAGAUUUAUUAGAGAAGAGCUUUUUUUUCUUUUCUUCAUUAGAAGAAAACUUUGAUAAUUAUUAUGUCAGAGGUAACUAAGUGUAAGAAGAAAACAAAAUGUCUGUUGGGGGAAAAAGACUUGAGGGGGGAAAGAAGCUUUCAAGAGAUUUUUCACAAUGAGGAAAAAACAAAAACAUAAGAAAACAUGCUGCACUGUGGAUGCAGUCUGUGGCAAAUGCUGAACUUGUUUUUUAUUAUCAUAAUUAUUAUUUUACAUGGCAAGGAUUGCUGUCGACGACAUUAGUGCUUUUUAUCGGCCACAUUUUACCUUUUUUAUGAGCUUUAAGAUGUUUUUAGCCCGCUUUGCUUGUCACACUGCAAAAAGACGAAAAAGGAAAAAAAAGUAUAAAAACAAACACAAAAAACUACCGAAAAAAAAUAAAUAAAAUGAAAUAAAUCUGGCAGUGAAAUAAAAACAGUAGAUUCAGUAGGAGCUUACGGUUUAAACCAAUCAGUGCAAAAGCAAUAGAAGAAAUUGUUGACAAUUUCUGUAGUUUUUCCUAGUUGUGGAUCAAAUGCAGCCCGUGGAUGGCCAUUUUUAUACCAAAGAUGAAGAGACACUCUGAACCAGAGUUUGGUUUUGUUUUUGUUUUCAUUUUUCAGUUUGAUUUUGUUGUUCUUGAUGUUGAUGUUGUUCUUGAUGUUAAUGUUGACGUUGUUGUUGUUGUUGUUGCUGUUGUCGUUGUUUUUUGUUUUUGUUCUGUUUUUUUUUUUUUUUACCUUGAUGGCCGGACCAGUCCUUACUAUCCUUCUCGACAUCUUCUUUUACCGGAUUUAAGCUAGGUUUCCACGGUUGCUCGAGCUGUCACAGAUACACACACAGACACACACACACACACACACACACAGACGGUUGUACACGCUAACAGACUCACAAAGACAUCUGACGUGUUGAAAUGUGUGAUGCAACCGGUGGCGGUCCUGAUGAACGUCCUUUCCUUCAGCUCCUCUAUUUGUCCUUUCAUCCAUUUCUGUAUGUUCAUCACCUUUUAAAUGUCUCUGCACAUUAUGGGUGCAUCUCUCUCUCUCUCUCUCUCUCUCUCUCUCUCUCUCUCGCUCCCUCUCCUCUCUCCUGUUUCUCAGCAUUCUAAGCUCCGUGUGGUCUAAAUUCAUCCAAAAUCGGUCAUCUCGACAAACCUAAAUCACUUCCUUUGUGCACAUUAGCUGAUGAGUGGUGUUUUCUGCAUAACCUUUAUGGCCCUUACAGCAAUGAGCAGCAACUUGUUUCCUUGAAAGUCAUGGAAAAGCUUGAAAAAAACAGUGAUGUUUUUGUUGUUAUUGGCCUGAGCAGCUCCACAUCCACCUCAUGUGGGGACAUUACAGUCAAUAUCAACCAACCUGCAGCAGCUUGGCUUGACUUAGCACAAAGAAUGAGAAUAGGGGGCCUCCAGCACCUGUGGAGCUCAUUUAUGUGUGAGCGAGUGUGCUUUCUUACAAAAACCUGUGUGAAAAUGACUCUUUGCUGUGUUGUUGCCGUCUGUGCUUUGCUCUGUGACACUAACAAGACACAGACGAGCUGUUUAGGCUUAAGAAGCGCGGCGUCGGUCUCCGGCUUCCUCCCGACCGCCGCACCUGCAGGCGCUAACUAGGCCGCUCGCCAGCCGUAACGAGGCGGCGGCGGUGCCUUCCGCGCCACGCGCACCCACGCUCGUCCCAAUUUGUUGCACAAACAGGCCGCUCUCACCUCGUCCCGUCCCCCCGUCGCCGAGCCGCUUCCUGCCCCCGACGAAAUCGCCUGUGUGUGUGUGUGUGUGUGUGUGUGUGUGUGUGUGUGCGUUGGGUUCACGCCUGCCCGUUCUGCCCCGGCCGCGGUGCUGCCGCGCUAAAAAGACCCCGUUUUCCUCCCUGCUUCGCUGGCACCGCUAAUGUGCCACGGCCUCUUUUACUCGCGUUCUCCCUCGCUGUCGUUCGCCCUCUCUCUCUCUCUCUAUCUCUCGCUCUCUCUUGGAGGUUUCUUGUCUUUAUUGGAUGGUGCAGCAGCAGAACCACAAACCAAUUUCAGUCACUCUCGCAAUGAGGCUUGACGGGCCCAAUUUGUCUCCCUCUGGGGCAAUAGGAUCCACUCCAGUGUCCCUCAAAAGACCCCUUUUCUUCCAGACGGAGAGAGAGCUUUUUGUUUGGUGACAAUUGCAGCUGAGCCCUCGCUGUCCGUGGGACCGGGUCCGGCGGUGCAUCUUGGGAAAUGAUGGCGUGUUGUGCGCAUCACACAUUCAUAAAGUACGUUGAGUGCCUUUUUAUUAAGCUUCCAAAUGAUUCCAAAUUAUCAGCCUGUUGGUAUAAAAGUAAAAGCAAAGCACAUGGGGGAGUUUGUGCUAACCUGAAGCUAAUCUAUGGUGCUAGCGAAGCUGUCUGGGCCUCGUGCCUUUCAUCGCGCUCACUCCGCGGCCUGUGGGACGAUCCAGCCGCUCAUCAUCUUAACCGCCCGGCUGCCUGCAGAAGAGUCCGGCUCCGACGAAGCUAGCGACGCGUUCAAGGCAGCGCGGACGCGUCUUUGCUCACUGCGACGCUGUAAAUACCUGCCGUGCGCUCUCGUCUUCCAUCCACCAGCAGAGGUCAAAGGCCAAAUGUCUCAUUCAGAAGCGUGUCAGCUGCUUAUCGCACCCAUCAGAUCGAUGCCUGCCCUUUUCCUUUCAACGCGUCCGCCAUUUAGCAUCUGCUCUGACUUCACUUCACGGCUGUAACUUGUGUCUGUGUCCCAGUGAAUGGCUCUCCACUAUAUUACAGCCUCUAACGGUUAACAACUGAAAAGUGUUGGGGUUUUAAAGCCUCCUCAUUGUUUCGUAAUCGUUAAUUGGCCUCAUUAAACAGAGCUUCUAAGCUACACCUUGACCAGUGUUAAGCUAGUAUGUGUGCGAUUGUGUGUUUGUAGUAGUGUUGUGCAGCUCUGAGCGAGAGCACAGGAGACAUUUUGAAGGACUCAUGAUGCAGCAGUUGCACGUCGGAGAGCAGAGCAUCCCAUAAAAGGCCUGAGAUUCAACAGUAAUGGCAUUAAGGGAAACAGCCUCACAAAAGGCAUAACAAAGAAUAACAGCUCUAUUUUGCUGAUGGAGAUGCAAGAAGGCGAAAGGGUUGGUAAACGAGGUGUUUGCUUUGGUGCAUGGCAUCAAUAUUUCAACCCAACAAAUAGAAAUGGCUUUUUCCUAAUAGCACAAUGGCUUAAUGGACCUGCUCAGAAUACUAAUACCUGAGUGGAAGCUCAGAGGAGCCGUGGCUGCAGUUUAAGGAGCCGCUCUGCUCCCGGAUAGUCGGCCCAUGAGUCAGCACAAACCAGGAGCUGACUGCACCGGAGACGGAGGGUCCGCGUUGCAGAGGGGAGGGAGAGGCGUCAUUAGCGCCUGUUGCCGGGCAGACGUGGUCGUGGCCUGGACACUGGGAGCCCACGCUGCAGUAUGAGCCCCAUACAGGGCUCCACCCCUUCCUUUCUGACGCUGUGUAUCAUGUGUAUCAUGUAUCAUGAACGUCUCCACAAUCUAUGAUCUAGAUCUAUCUGGUCCCACCAGCAUCUGACAGCCUGUACCAGUUGUAACCCGUAGGACUUUGCUGUAGUGCCAUAAAGUCAAAAUGGGGUUGAUGGGAUUGGGCAGUAAAUGCAGUAAACUCCACUCAUCCGGUCCAAUCUAAUACUUUGUCUGUGACGUGGGAAUAAGGAAGGAUUCUGCACAUUUAAGGCACAAAUUGGGGAAAGGCAGCAUUUGGUUCCCCGUCCGUCCACUUCUCAUACCUCUCUGCUUGAUAAGUGUGAUCUUCUUUGACUCACCUGAGAUUCUGUCAGAUCCUGUCUACACCCUGCGUUUGUCUAGUGUCGGUCUUUGGAGGCGAGGUGUUUACUUCACUGCCUUUAAAAAAAAAAAAAAAAAAAACACAGUUCUCUUGAUCCGUCCCCCUCCCACCAUUUUUCACAAUCACUGCCGCCUUUCACCAAAUCUGACGUGACCCACGAAGCCGUGAAUGCAGCGCGGCCUCCACACCGGCGCGCCUUGCGUGGCGUUCGUCACGAGGCUCCUGUGGAUUGACCCCUCGUUAACGGAGUCAGAGCCGUUUCACAUCAAUUCUCACGCGUUUUGAAAAACAGUAGUUCAGAGUAGCCCUCGCACGGUCCGCAGUUAAAGGCUCACCGUGGCUCAAUAACUCAUCCAGAGCAGAGCAGCGCGCACACAUUCACAUUCUCUCUCCACACACACGAUGCCGUGGAAAAAUUGCUUCCACCGCCCCCCCCCAGAGCGAGGCCAUGUGCUUUUUAAUUGAUGCUCCGGUCCACCUUUGAUGAGAGCUAUCGAUCGGCCACACAACCCCAGGAUGGAGGCAGCCGGUCAACCAGCGCACGGCCUGUGGACUUCAAACGGCUCCUAGAAAUACGAAAUCCAACAAUUGCUAGGAAAUAACCGACCAAAUUGUUUAGAGAGAGGCAGCACAGAAAGUGCGUUAGGCCCGGGACUCCUGCCACAGAAAUAGAGGAACUAUUUAUUAGGACAGCAGAGCGGUUUUUAUUUCCUUCUUUCUCUUGUUUCUGUUUGUUUGGGGCUUUUCUUUGUUUCAGCGCCGAGGAGGACACGGUCACGCCUCACGCACGCUGCUCAGUGUGUGUGAUCUUUCAGAAACUAUCUGUACAUCUGUGGAUGUUAGGAUUUGACUUGGAUUUUAUGAGUUGUUUUUUUCUCUCUGAUGAAGCUUUCAAUAAAAAAAUGUGGAAAAAAAAGCA